AUGACCCUGGAGUUGGAGUACCGUUUCACCUUCAUCGAUGUGAAGGAGGACUUCGAGGACCAUGUGGGCCGUUCCAGCAAGCCCCGCGCGCAGAGCUCCCCCCCCGGCUUGCAGGGGCGUCAUAUCAGCCCGGAGGCUGCCAGCGAGGAGGCCUCCAAUCGCAGCUACGUGGCCAGCCUCUCCCAGAAGACCGCGGACCUGACGAAUCAGCUUGGGCAGGGCGAGACAAGGAGCCCUCAAGGCCAAGAGGGCGGAAGGCUGCCCAGCCCAGGCAGCCUCGGACACCCGGAGGUGUGCCGGCGCCCAUGCAUCUACUUCAUCGCCGGGCACUGCGAAAAUGGCCAGGGGUGCACCUUUUGCCACAUGGAGCACGCGCAGAAGACGCCGAAGCUCGACAAGAAGCAGCGCCACCUCAUCCAAUGCCUCAGCUCUGCUCAGUUCAUUGAGCUGGUGAUGCACACCUGUCGCAACAAAGCUGAACAGGCGGGCUUCCUCGAAGAGGCUAAGGCGAUCUUGGACUUAAUGGCGGAGGAGUCCGGAGGUGCGGGGCCUUUGGCCGACAUCCUUGCGGACCGCGACCUCCACCACCUCAAGAGGAUGCUGGCGCGGAUGACUUUCUCGAACCUGAUCGGCCUGGUGACGAACCAGUCCCGGAACCGAGAGAGCACCAAGCCCAGCGCCGACCUCUUGGCCGCACACCUGGAGCGACUCCGCGAACACUUCCUGCCGGCGAGCGGAUGA